GAUGGAAACCACAAUCAUGUGGGAGGAACAGGUUGAAAAGGCCUUUUUCCUUUGUUGAACAGAAGGGAAUCUGAAAAUUGUCUUGAUGAUGGAAGCAUAUGAGAGAACUACACAGGUGAGAUAUGGCAACACUGAAACAUCCAUUGAUAGGUGAACGGAUAAAGAAAAAGUGGUGGACAUGCACAGUGGAAUAGUGUUCAACCUUGAAAAAGGACAUUUUGACACAUUCUCCAUUAGCAAUGAACCUGAAGACAUGCUAAUUUUCAUAAACCAGUCACAAAAGGAGAAAUUCUGUUAAUUCUACUUAUAUGAGUUAUUGAUGGUCAUCCCAAGUCCGAAGCAGACUGAUUCUCCUUCAGAUGUAUGGUGAGAACGUAAAUAUAGCAGUCCAAUGCUACACUGCAAUGCCCACAUCAUUCACCUCACUUCAUGUCGUCACAUGGGAAUUUCAUCAUCUCACAUCAUUACAAGAAGGACCUAGACAAGUAGAGCACAGUAAUGGGGAACCACACAAGAGUGACAGUGUUCAUCCUAGCAGGUUUGACUGAUGAUCCACAGCUGGAGGUGGUGGUGUUUACCUUCCUGCUGCUCACCUACCUGCUCAGCAUCACUGGCAAUCUGAUCAUCAUCACACUCACCCUGCUGGAUACUCACCUCAAGACCCCCAUGUACUUCUUCCUUCGGAAUUUUUCCUUCCUAGAAAUUUCCUAUACCACUACAUGCAUCCCUAAAUUGCUGGUGAUGAUGGCAACUGGGGACAAAACCAUUUCCUAUAACAGUUGUGCAGCUCAGGUGUUUUUUGCCUUCCUUCUCGGAGCAUCUGAAUUUUACCUGCUGGCAGCCAUGUCCUAUGACCGCUAUGUUGCCAUCUGUAAGCCCCUGCAUUACACAGCCAUCAUGAGCACUAAAAUCUGCACACAGCUUGUCUUCUGUUGUUGGCUUGCAGGUUUUUUUGUCAUCUUACCACCACUCCUCUUAGGCCUAAACAUUGAUUUCUGUGACUCCAACACUGUUGAUCAUUUCUACUGUGACACAUCUCCCCUCCUGCAGAUCUCCUGCUCAGACACACAGCUGUUUGAGACAAUGGGAUUCGUUUCUGCUGUGAUGACACUCCUGGUUACCUUGGCAAUGGUGAUAAUAUCAUAUACGUAUAUUGCGAUAACAGUUCUAAAAAUCCCUUCAGCCAAUCAGAGGAAAAAGACUUUCUCAACAUGUUCUUCUCACAUGAUUGUGAUCUCCCUUUCUUAUGGCAGCUUCAUCUUCAUGUAUGUUAAACCAUCAGUGAAACAGAGAGUAUCUUUUUCCAAGGGAAUUGCAGUUCUCAAUACCUCUGUUGCACCACUUUUGAACCCUUUCAUCUACACCUUAUGGAACCAACAGGUAAAAAAAUCCUUCAUGAAUAUGAUACACAGGGUUGUUUCUCUCCCAAACAAAUGA